GGAAGAAAAUUCAUAGUGAGGUGACAGUCAUCGUACCAUCCGUACUAUAAAAAGAACACACGAAGAAGACGAUGUAGAAAACCAGAAAAAUCAAGGUAUUUACGAGAAUUAAGCAAUAACAAUGGAAGGGAUAGAGCACCGAAUGGUUAAAGUGAAUGGCACAAACAUUCACAUAGCUGAAAAAGGUGAAGGUCCAGUCAUCCUUUUCCUCCAUGGCUUCCCUGAGCUUUGGUAUUCAUGGCGUCACCAAAUCCUCGCUUUAUCUUCCAUGGGUUACCGAGCCGUUGCUCCCGAUUUGAGAGGCUACGGCGACUCGGAUGUUCCCGACUCAGUCGACAGUUACACUUGUUUCCACAUAAUCGGCGAUCUAGUGGAGUUGAUAAACGUGGUGGAUCCGGAUGAAGGGAAGGUGUUUGUGGUAGGGCAUGACUGGGGAGCCAUACUAGGAUGGUAUUUGUGUAUGUUUAGGCCCGAUAAAGUGAAAGCAUUGGUGAAUUUGAGUGUGCCGUUUUUGAGGUUUCAUCGGGAAAUCAAGCCUGUUGAUUUCUGGAUAUCUUAUUAUGGCAGUGAUCAUUACAUGUCUAGAUUUCAGGAAUAUGGAGAAAUAGAAGGUGAAUUUGCAGAGAUUGGAGUGGAGAGAGUUGUGAAGGAAUAUUUGAGUGAUUUUCCAGUAUUAUUGCCAAAAGGGAAACUAUUUAAACGUCCAUUAGAUGAAGCAAUUACAUUGCCUUUUUGGUUAUCUGAGGAAGAAGCCAGUUACUAUGUCACCAAAUUCCAGAAAACUGGUUUCACUGGUCCACUGAACUUCUACAGAAACCUUAACAGAAACUGGGAACUAUUGAAACCAUGGGUGGGCAGUAAGAUCAAAACACCAGCCAAGUUCAUAAUGGGGGAUAAGGAUCUGGUUUAUGGUGUGCCUGGUAUGAAAGAUUACAUUCACAAUGGUGGGUUCCAAGAAGAUGUGCCAUCUCUGCAGCAAGUGGUGGUGAUGGAAGGUGUUGGCCAUUUCAUCAACAUGGAGAAACCAGACGAGAUCAACCAAUACAUUUAUGACUUCUUUACACAGUUUCAUUGAACCCAAAUAACAAAAAGAAAAAUAAAAAGUCCUUUCCUUUGCAAUGUGAAAAAAAAAUCAAUAAAGUUCAGGGGUUAAAUAUGUUAUUAUCCCAAAAGUCAAAACUAGUUUGGAGUGCCUGUGUUAUUUUUCGAUGAUAUAUUAAAUUUAUACAUUUGAUACCUAAAA